GUGUGAGUCGAGAGAAAAGUGCGUCAUCGGUCUCCUAGCAGCGCGUUUUACAGGGUUUCCAGGACUUCAGAAGCGUCCCAUCUAAAUAGGCAAAUGGGGCUUUUUGACAAGCUUGCAGGGUGGCUGGGCCUGAAGAAGAAGGAAGUGAACUUGCUAUGUUUAGGUCUGGACAACAGUGGAAAAACUACCAUCAUCAACCAGCUAAAGCCAUCCAAUGCUCAGGCUCAAGACAUUGUCCCAACUAUAGGUUUCAGCAUAGAAAAGUUUAAGACCUCAAGUCUUUCUUUCACAGUGUUUGACAUGUCAGGGCAGGGCAGAUACAGAAAUCUGUGGGAGCACUAUUACAAGGAGGGUCAGGCCAUCAUAUUUGUGAUUGACAGUGGUGAUAAACUUAGAAUGGUGGUGGCAAAAGAAGAAUUGGAUACCCUUUUGAAUCACCCUGAUAUUAAGCACAGGAGGAUACCUAUACUAUUUUUCGCAAACAAGAUGGACCUCAGGGAUGCACUGUCAGCAGUAAAGGUCUCCCAGCUCUUGUGUCUGGAAAACAUUAAGGACAAACCAUGGCACAUCUGUGCAAGUGAUGCAGUGAAAGGCGAAGGUCUUCAGGAGGGUGUAGACUGGCUGCAAGAUCAAAUCAGAGGGAUGAAAACAUAAAACCCUCCUGAGAUAUAAAAACAGUCAAGGUCACCAGCUGCAAUGGCAGAGCCAGACAAAAAAAGAUCUUCACCUUUUGUGCUGAUGUUAAAAUCAAUUAGGUUGGUAGUGUAAAAACUGAUUUGGCUUUGAUUAUGGCCCUGUCUGCACUAGGUAUAUAAACAUCUCAGUUGAUCUGAUCACAAGUGGUCAGGCAGAACUUUGAUUUUUAGGCAUUAUUCUGACAGUUGUUUUCUUUGAAAUCCACACAGAACUUGUGAAGUUUAACCUAAAAGCCCAAUAAUUGAUUGACAGAUUCCCUGUUCUCCGGGAAGCAUAAGAACACUCGAAUUUAAACAAAAAAAAAUUGGCCAUAUACAUUUCUGACUACCUUCAAAUGAGUAAGAUCUUAAACAUUACACCAAUUCUGUUCACCUUAGCUAUUAUGCUAAUAUCAGGUGUAAAUUUGUCUGUGACGAUGCAUCUAGUAUUUGAUCAUUGCAUCUUCUGUCUUGAUGAAUACAUAAACUGCACUUCUCUCUAGAUGAAUUACACUACACUUCUUGGCUGCCAAUGCUGUAAAGUUAUUCUGUUGAGAAAACUCACUGUAACAGGUUUCUCAGACAGCAGAGCCCAAUGGCUAAUAUUUUAUAUCUUAUAAAAUAUAUCUAUGUUUUUGAAUAGAUAGAAAACAUUCCCAAGCAGUGUUUAUUCCAUUGCUUCGAAAUGUAAAAUUGGUCAAAGCUUGUUACUGUAGUGAUGUACGGUAGUGCUGUUUAUUCAGAAUUAUACUAUGAUAUAUUUUUCCAUGCAUUCUAUGCAUGUUGUCAGAAAGGAAAUGUUUCUUUGUUUAGGAAUUAUUUUCCAUAAACUUAUUGUUUUUAAAACAUAUGUAAAGGAAUUGUUGCUUCAUUUUUAUCUUGUGUUUUGUCUAGACAAAGUAAAUUUUCACAUUAACUUAUUUUCUAAACAAAGCAUUUCGCUGAUUUUUAGCAUUUUUUUUUUCUUUCUUGCUGUUUUAUUCAUAAAUAUGUGAUGUUGUAAUAGAAUGUUUAAAGAAUAAACAAGAUCUGGGGCUUAGUCUGUGUAUGAAGGCUAUCUCUAUACAGUA